AUUCAAUUUUUAUACCAUCACGUUUCACUUGUACUUAUCACCGAACGGGGUUGUGUUACUUUCAUUUGUGUAUAUGUGUGUAUGUACGUUUUGUACACACACACACACACAUAUAUAUGAGUGGAGAGAGAGGAGAAAAUCUGCGUGUGCGUGUGCGUGACGUGUGUACGCGUGUGAUGUAGCGUGUGAUAUAUCGUAUACAGUAUAUUUAAAUCUUCCCCGUUACACAUUCCUGUAUACAUAUACGAUACAUUCUAUAUAUAUACAUACAGUGCGAAAAUACACGAGACGUAUUGCCGAUAUAUAUUGUGAAUAUUAAUGCCAUCGCGCUCUCGACGUCGCUCAAAACAAAAAGUGCGCUAUUACCGACGUUAACAUUUGCAAUUUAUUUUGGCAGGCAGCUUAAUAGAAGCGCGAUAUAAUCCGUUAACGAAUAAAAUAAAGACUCGUAUACACAUACAGAAAAGCAUUUCAUUUCCUCGAUUCAAUACCAAUAUCAAUUUCAAAGCGUUUCAGCGCCUUGUUGAUAAAAAAAAUAUGUGCAACAUGUUUGAUAUGACUAUACGUUGAUGUAGCUCUAUAGAAUAUUAAUCUACAACUUUGCGGAAGUUUCAUGAUAAGACAACUUGAGGUUUCAAUCAUCCAGCUUCAAGAAUAAACGGAAGCCGUUUCAAAUGCAACCGCAAUGUUGGCGGAUUCCUCGUAGAGUGUGAAUACUAGCUAGUAGAUUAACAAAUAUCAAACGAUCCUUCAUCGUCGUUUGUUCUUUAAUUGAAAACAACAGUGGAUUAUUCACGUAGUGAAAAAAAUGAGUUUCUUUGAACGAUCGAGAGGCCUUCUCUCGCGAUUUUCGGCUCAUCAUACUCCGGUGAUAAUAGAUGUAACUGAGACUAUACUAGUCGCGGUCUUCUUCAUCAUCUGGAUCGCCUAUAUGAGUAUCAUACCGAGUUACCGGAAGAAGCAGACUAUCUAUGUAACUAUAAAAGUCACCUUUAGCCUUCUAAUUGGAUGCUUGUUAUUAAUAGAGAAUUUCGGACAGGAAUGGGAAUACGGCAGCACGAGGAGUAAGACGCCAUAUCGAGCUGGUGUGGGCCAGGAAAUCGACGCCCAAAUGGAAGUCAAGAUAGGAUUGAGGUCGGUGAACAUCACACUGGAAGCUAAACCAGAGGAGGGCACGCUGCUUGCAAAGGAAACGAUUGAUUACAACGAGAGAUUUCCUUGGACGUGGGACCAAGGCAUAAUUGGUUUCGGACCCUACGCCGGAUUGCUACAGAGGACCUUCCGCGAAGGCCAACAGAAGGGCCUGCCGAUCCCCAUUUUAUGGAUCGCCGAAUACUUCGUCAUCGAUGGCGAGGGGAUUCGGUUCGGGCGAUUUUAUCGAACUGCCGGAUGGUAUUGUCACAUCUUAUUGUGGACCGCCUUUGCCUGCUGGAUACUAGCUAACAUAUUCCUGCAGUCUGUGAGUCGCUACGUCGCUUAUUUAACCGGCACAAUAGGCGGCUUGCAAUGCUUAACUUGCUUCGUAUGGUAUUUCGUACACAAUCCAAGUCCACUUGUGAUUCCCUUCGAGGAUGGCACUAUUAAGAUGACACUAGGCAUUCACUUCUGGAUGACUUUUACAUGUGGUUUAUUUUGCAUUCUUUUGGCAUUUAUAAUGAUAUUUAUGGACUUACGGUAUCCUAAUACAUUAUCUAUGAUUUUGGAAAUAGAUCCUCUCGGCCAGUACGAUGAAUUCGUAAUGCGAAGUUCCCAAGUGGACAACAUACUGCAUAAAAAAGUGGACAACUCGAUGGAAAUGGCUUUGACCUCAAAUUAUUCACAAAGCAAAAACGCAGGGAUGAUGGUACUGAAAAGGCGAUCAACCAUAAAAAACGCGCAAAAGUCGCUCUUUCGCACGCCAGUUCCCAUGAAGGAAAUCUACGAAGACGUUGUUAUUUACGAAAACCAGCACGUAGCAAGAACAUCCCAAAACGUGCAUAAAACAGAAAUGCGUGGCGGAGAUGAAAAGGAAGAGGGCGAGAGAGAGAAAGAGAAAAAGGUCCAACCUAUUCCAUCGUCUGUUCCACCACCUAUUCCGAGGAAAAUGAGGAUGAAAGUUCAUACUGAGGCAUCAAUAGACAGCCUACAACUUCCGACUAUCAGCGCAAAUGUAUCUUUAUCCUGAAAGAAGCUCGACGUCUCUCCCGGUCGCUGUCACUCCUCUUGCCGUUGUCAGAUUUAUCUUUGCUGCGUCUCUCCCGAUCCUUGUCUUUGGACUUCUCCGAAU